AUGAUUUCAAAAUUUGGAUCGGUCCAUAUCUUGGCUGUGGUAGCCAUACAACUCCUAAUUAUACCAAGCGUUUCGUCCCUUAACCUUACAAAUGCGUAUUUGCACCACAAAUGUAACAACACCGAAGGAAAAUAUAGCCACGGGAGUGCGUUUGAGAAAUAUAUCAACUUAGCUCUCCGUGCCAUCGAUUCAGACAAUUAUCUCAAUGGUUUUGCCUACAUCGAGAGAGGUGAGGAUCCCAAUAAAGUCUUCGUCAUGUACCAAUGUCGCGGCGACUCCUACGGGUCUAAGUGCAAAUCCUGCAUAAGCGCUGCCAUCUCUGGGAUUGAUUACGAGAACGAUUUCUAUUUGUCCAACCCGAACGACGUGAACGAUAAGGAGUUGUUCAACAAGGAGACCUCGGCUCUCUUGGAGGAGCUAACAAAUAAAGCCACUGAUAAAAAUAACAUGAUAGGCAAUAAAUUUGUGCUGUACGCGGCAGGGGAUAAGAGAAUUGGAACGAAGAAUGUGUAUGCAAUGGUGCAAUGUACGAAAGACUUAGUGACUACAACUUCUGCUGCGUGUUUCGAAUGGAUUUUCAAGAUGUUUUCAAAGUGCUGUGAAGGAAAGCAAGGAGGGAGAGUUUUGGGUACGAGCUGUAACUUUAGGUAUGAGUUAUAUCCCUUUCUUAGAAAUUAACGACUGUACAGUGAGUGCUCUACAUAAAAUAAAAGGGGU